GAAAAGUGUCCAGGGCUCGGUUAACAAGAGAACAGGAUACCGGCCCGCUUCAGUUUGUCCUGGGCCGCUCGGCGAUGAGAGAUUCACCGAAAGGGGCACUUUGAGAUAUGAUGAGGUUUAUUUCUGGUCGGCAAUAGUACUAUGAUUUGGUAUGUGGCCACUUUGAUAGCAAGUGUAUUCAGCACCCGAGGAACGGCCGCUCAAGGUGCCCACGGAGUGCGAGAGGAGCCCCAGUUUGUGACGGCACGUGCAGGAGAGAACGUCAUCCUGGGAUGCGACGUGUCCCACCCCCUGAACGGCCAGCCCUAUGUGGUGGAAUGGUUCAAGUAUGGAAUGCCCAUCCCCUUCUUCAUCAACUUUCGCUUCUACCCUCCUCACGUGGACCCAGAAUAUGCUGGCCGGGCCACUCUGCACGGCAAGUCCUCCCUGCGGAUAGAGAAUGUGCGUUCAGACGACCAGGGCUGGUAUGAGUGUAAGGUGCUGAUGCUGGAGCAGCAGUAUGACACCUUCCACAAUGGUAGCUGGGUGCAUCUGACCGUCAAUGCCCCCCCCACAUUCACAGAUACGCCACCUCAGUAUGUAGAGGCCAAGGAAGGGGGGAGCAUCACUUUGACCUGCACGGCCUUCGGCAACCCCAAACCCUCGGUCAGCUGGCUGCGGGAAGGCAGUCUCAUGGUCAGCAGUGCCAAGUAUAAGGUGUCUGAUGGGAGUUUGACGGUGCUAUCCAUCACCCGGGAGGAUCGUGGGGCCUACACAUGUCGAGCCUUCAGUCCCCAGGGAGAGGCCAUUCACACCACACGGCUGCUAGUACAAGGCCCUCCGUUCAUUGUAUUACCACCGGAGAAUAUUACAGUGAACAUCUCGCAGGAUGCCUUCUUCACCUGCCAGGCGGAGGCCUACCCUCGCAACUUAACCUACACCUGGUUCUGGGAGGAGGACAACGUCUUCUUCAAGAAUGACCUGAAGCGCAGAGUCAGUAUUCUCAUCGACGGCUCCCUCAUCAUUGCUCAAGUCAAGCCAGAGGAUGCUGGGAAAUACACCUGUGCUCCUAGCAACAGCUUGGGUCGACCACCGACUGCCUCUGCCUACCUCACAGUGCAAUAUCCUGCCCGUGUGGUAAACAUGCCAUCUGUCAUCUAUGUGGCCAUUGGUCUACCUGGCUUCAUUCGCUGUCCUGUAGAUGCCAACCCCCCUGUAACUCUGGUUAAGUGGAAGAAAGAUGGCCUCCCUCUCCGGAUAGAUAAGUACCCUGGUUGGAGCCAAAUGGACGAUGGGAGCAUCCGUGUGGCAGAGGUGACAGAGGACUCUCUGGGCACCUAUACCUGCAUGCCUUACAAUGCCCUGGGUUCCAUGGGAUGGUCCCCUCCCGCUCCCCUGGUGCUAAAGGACCCUCCCAAAUUCUCAGUGGUUCCUGGAGGGGAGUACAGGCAGGAGGCUGGGAGAGAACUGAUCAUCCCCUGUGAGGCGGAGGGAGACCCCUUUCCCAACAUCACAUGGAGGAAGGUAGGGAAGCCCAGUAAAAGCAAGCACAAUGUUCUGCCCCGAGGCAGCUUACAGUUGAAGUCACUCACUAAGGAGGACCACGGGGAGUGGGAGUGUGUCGCCACCAACGUUGCCACGAGCAUCACUGCCAGCACGCACAUCCAAGUCAUAGGCACAAGCCCCCACGCCCCCACCAGCGUCCAUGUGGUGGCAUCCUCCACCUGGGCCAAUGUGUCCUGGGAGGCGGGCUAUGAUGGAGGCUUUCAGCAGACAUUCUCAGUCUGGCUGAAGAGGGAGCAUUUAGGUCCACAUGACUGGCUCUCCAUACCCGUGCCUGGAGGCCACGACUGGAUGCUGGUGCCUGGUUUGGAGCCAGAGACAACAUACCAGUUCAGCGUCCUGGCCCAAAACAAGCUUGGCACAGGCCCCUUCAGCGAGGUUGUCACUGUGAACACACUAGUAUUUCCUAUAAGUACCCCUGAACCAUUGGUGCUGCUUACCCCACCACGGUGCCUCACAGCCAAUCGCACGCAGCAGGGAGUCCUGCUCACCUGGAUCCCGCCUGCCAAUCACACAGCACCUAUCCAGCAUUAUGUCAUGGAGUUUCGCCUGGGGGAACGAUGGGAGGUCUUGGACGACAGCAUUCCUGCUGGGGAGACGGAGUUGCUUGCCCGAGACCUCAUUCAGGAGGCGUGGUAUGAGUUCCGUGUAAUGGCUGUCAUGGAUGACCUGAUCAGCGAGCCCAGUAAUGUAGUAGGAGUGUCCAGCACAGACUUCUUCCCUCCUCCAGAGGUGGUGGAGGAGCGUGGACUGGCACGGCCUGUGGUGGCUGGCAUUGUGGCCACCAUCUGUUUCCUGGCAGCAGCUGUCCUGUUCAGUACAAUGGCCGCCUGCUUCGUCAACAAACAGCGCCGGCGGAAGCUCAAGAGGAAAAAAGACCCCCCUCUGUCCAUCACCCACUGCAGAAAAAGCAUGGAAACUCCGUCAUCUUCAGGAAAGGUGAGCCCAGAGAGUGUUCGUUCAAAGGCAUCCCCAUCGGAAUCAUCUGAAGAUAGUCAUGACCAGCGUGGGAAGAAACCACCCCCGAGUCCAGGGAAGAAGGAGGAAUUGUCUUUAUACAAGAAGACCAAAAGAGCAAUAACAAGCAAGAAGUACGGCAUCUCCAAGCAUGAAGCUGAAGCAACAACACCCAUUGAACUCAUCAGCCGAGGCCCUGAUGGACGCUUUGUCAUUGAUCCCACUGAUGCAGAAAUGUCUGUUAAGCCCCGGCGAAUUGAGGGCUUUCCCUUUGUGGAAGAAUCAGACCUCUAUCCUGAAUUCCGGCAGUCAGAUGAAGAGAAUGACGAUCCCAGGCCUCUGCCACCAGUUAUGGCCCCCCUUCGGCCUCACCAGAUUUCCCCCAUCUCCAGUCAGGAAUCCUACCUGCAACCUCCAGCCUACAGCCCUCGUUUCCACAGGCCCUUCGAAGGUAUGACCAUCAUGGAGAGCAGUCGACUCCAGGCCACAGGGCAGAUCCGAGGCUCUCUCCACCACAGGGCUUUCUAUGGCUAUCUAGGCCCCCCUGGGGAUCACGAUCCCCCACCUCCUUUUUACAUGCCUGAUACCAGCCCUCUCAGCUCUGUCAUGUCCUCCCCUCCAUAUCUUGCUGAAGGUCCUUUUGGUCACCCCAUGAUUCCUGAAGAAAUGGGGGAGGGUGAUUUCCCACAAUAUGCUGUCUCUGGUUUCCCGCUUCCUCUGACACUCACCUCUUCCUCUCGUUCACCGGAGAUUUGGCAGGGACUGGAUUUCACCUUUGCAAGUCUGGAGGGGCCCCAAUUCAUUUUUCCACCACAUCACCCUUUGCAUCUCCGCCACGACUCUCCCUACCCUCCUCCACCUCAUGUUCUUCCCCUUAGUGCUUUCCAGCCCUCCUCCCUACCAAUGCCCACUUACCCAGCUGUCCUGCCACUGGAGGCCCCAAAGAGCCACUCAAGCAAGUCUCCCAGCAAGGCCAAGCCUCAUGGCUCCCCAGCCAAGCAUUUAGCUAUGCAAGAGGCACAUUUAGGGCAGCUAAGACACGCAAGCCACGGUAUGGGUGUGCCGGUUUUGCCUUACACCGAUCCAAUGGCCCACAUUGUCCCUAGCACAUUCAGUAGCCUGGACACACGAUGGUUUGAAACCACCCCUCGUUUCAGUCCCAGACAGGCUCGUAGGAUGGAUUCUGGCAUUCAUCAGGUGGUUCUCCAGCCCUCUCGACUCUCACCCCUCACCCAAAGCCCGCUUAGCUCUCAUGAGGGCUCCCCAGAGAUUGUAGUACGUCCCAGGCCACGUCCCAGCAUUGUCCAACCUCCCAUACCCCCAGAGAUGUCUGAGAUUACCCUCCUCCCUCCUUCCACAGCCAGCUUCUCAAGGAGAUCUUCCCCUUCCUCCUCACCUGCCCAAGGCCAGGGUAGCAGGAGAGCAAGCCCCAGCUACCGUUCCCACAUGGCCUUUGCCACCUCUGCAACCAGCUACCCAGCCUCCCAGUCCCCGUCACCCCCCAUGGAAAGCAGCAACGUAUUUGGGCAGAUGCCAUCUCAGAGGAGGACUGAGGAGGAGAUCCUUCCAUCUGAGCCCUCUCCACCCCAGUUGUCAGCUUCAGGAAAACGUCGAGGUGCGCCGAGUACCCUUUCAGGGUCUGAGAGGAUUGAUGCACUAAGAUACCAACGUAUUAAAAAGGCCAAGAAGAUGACAAUGAACAACAAUAACUCCAAGACCAGAAAGAAAGCAGGUGUCUCCACCUCUCAGACCCAGCAGGCCUACACCUCUCAGGUACUCCAGCCCGAAGAAGCUCUCUACCUCCGCAAGAAGAGGAAACGGCCCAUUCUCCAUGACCCAUAUACUCGCUUUUCUGCUCUGCUGUACCGUCGCCCCCCUCGGGAGGACCAGAAGGCUAUUUUGGCAAGCAUGGACAACAUAGACCUAGACCAUGCCACUCUCCUCUGA